AUUAACGAAGCUAUAGUUUUUUUAGGUUAUGUGAUUAGUUUGUUGUCAAAUUCGCAUAAUCAUUUUUCGAAUUCACAAUUCUGAUUCUACAGACAGUAUUUUUAAGACUGAAAUACUAAUUUUUUGUCCUUAUAAAAUUAUACAAAUGGAUCGUUUAUUGAGAUUGGGUGGAUCAAUGCCUGGCUUGGGCCAAGGAUCAGCUCCUGCUGCAGAUACACCAGUUGUAGACACGGCUGAGCAAGUAUACAUUUCUUCAUUGGCAUUAUUGAAAAUGUUAAAACAUGGACGGGCUGGAGUUCCUAUGGAAGUUAUGGGUUUGAUGUUGGGUGAAUUUGUAGAUGACUAUACUGUACGCGUCAUUGAUGUGUUUGCUAUGCCACAAACUGGAACAGGUGUAAGUGUUGAAGCUGUUGACCCUGUAUUCCAAGCAAAAAUGUUGGAUAUGUUGAAACAAACAGGUCGACCUGAAAUGGUUGUUGGAUGGUACCAUUCACAUCCUGGUUUUGGUUGUUGGCUAUCAGGUGUUGAUAUAAACACUCAGCAAAGUUUUGAAGCUCUCUCAGAAAGAGCAGUAGCAGUUGUUGUUGAUCCUAUCCAAAGUGUUAAAGGUAAAGUUGUUAUUGAUGCUUUCCGGUUAAUUAAUCCUAACAUGAUGGUACUAGGACAAGAGCCAAGGCAAACUACGAGUAAUUUAGGACAUUUACAGAAACCCUCAGUUCAAGCUUUGAUUCAUGGUUUAAAUAGACAUUAUUAUUCCAUAUCAAUAAAUUAUCGUAAAAAUGAACUUGAACAGAAAAUGUUGUUAAAUUUGCAUAAAAAAUCAUGGAUGGAUGGAAUGGCACUUCAAGAUUAUGAAAAACAUUGUGAUGCAAAUCGAUCAACUGUUAAAGAAAUGUUAGAACUAGCAAAGAGUUAUAAUAAGGCUUUAGAAGAUGAAGAUAAAAUGACACCAGAACAGUUAGCUAUCAAGAAUGUAGGAAAACAAGACCCCAAAAGACACUUAGAAGAAAAAGUGGAUAACUUAAUGUCAGCUAAUAUUAUUCAGUGUUUAGGUUCAAUGCUAGAUACAGUUGUUUUUAAAUAAAAUUUUGUUAUUUCAUUUAAAAGCCAUCCCGGAAUAAUUUACUCUGAAAAUGAAUCAAAAUAUAAAUGAUUCAUAUGUUGUUUGUCACUAAAAUGAUUAUAAAUAUAUUCUAGCUCCAUCUUUUUUUUUAUAUGUGUAUAUGUAUAAAAAUCAUGAAAAUAAAUUAUCAUAUAAUAUAAUAUUUUUAAAAUAUUUAUAGGUAAAUAAAUGUCAUCUUAUUUUUUA